AAAUACAACAUCCCCCUUUCUCUACCAACAAUCAAAACAAAAUACCUUUAUUUUUUUUUACGCUUUAAAAUCUAUAAUUGUUUACCUUUUUGCUUCACUUGAUUGUUAAAUCUCCAUGGCUGCCAAGGUUUUUGCAUAUUUUGUCGCUUUGGUUGCUGUCUUCAGCGUCGCCAAAUCUGACCCUGAUCCCCUCCAAGAUAUCUGCGUAGCCGAUACAUCUUCAGGGGUGAAGGUGAACGGAUUUGCAUGCAAGAAGGAUGCCGAUGUAACGGAAAAUGAUUUCUUCUUUAGUGGCUUAGCCAAGCCGGCGGUGGUCAACAACACGGUGGGAUCGGUGGUGACCGGAGCCAAUGUUGAGAAAAUCCCAGGGUUGAACACCCUUGGGGUGUCGCUUUCUCGUAUUGACUAUCAACCUGGCGGACUUAACCCACCUCACACUCACCCACGCGCCACCGAGAUCAUCUUUGUUCUCGAUGGUGAAUUGGAUGUGGGGUUCAUCACCACUGCCAACAAGUUGAUCUCCAAAUCCUUAAAAAAAGGAGACAUUUUCGUGUUCCCUAAAGGUUUGGUUCAUUUCCAGCAAAACAACGGCAAAGAACCGGCAUCGGUCAUCGCCGGCUUCAACAGCCAAUUGCCGGGAACUCAGUCGAUUGCCGUUACCUUGUUUGGUUCAACACCAGCAGUGCCGGACCACGUGUUGACAAAGGCAUUCCAAAUUGGUACCAAAGAAGUCAACAAGAUCAAAAGCAGACUUGCCCCUAAGUAAAAAAAGAAGAAGGUAAUUUGAGUUUUGAGGUGAAAAAUCAUAAAAUUCUUUGCAGUUGAAUAAUGUAAUUUAAAUUACCAAAAUAAGUUCAUUUUGAGGCAAUGUAAUCAACAUCUUAUCAUGUAUUGAAUAUUUGAAGUAUUUCACACGAUAUCUAUUUUAUGAGGUUUGGUAA